GAUGCGCCAGCAAGGUUAUGCCCCAACACAAGCCGAGCUGGCACGAUACGCCAAGGCCGCAGAGAUGGGCGCUAGCGCAACCGACUUUGCCGCCUGGUGCCGGGAGACGGGGUACAAGGAUCCUAGCUUCGAAGAGCUGAUCUCCUUCUUCGCCCCGUUCGACCCG